AUGAGAUAUAGUACCAGAGAACUCGACCUCAGUAGUGCUAUCGACGAGACCUUCGUCCGCCUCGACCUCAUUGCCCUUUGCAUCAUCGAGGCCAUCUGGUCAAUCUGCAUACUCGGCUCCGUCGCAGCCGUCAUCAGUGGCCUCUCAAAUGCAGAUGCUAAUGUCUCACGGAGAGCAACAGCUACAAUUGUUGUCGCUUUUAUAUGCACCGUCGACGCCGGUCUCUCGAUCUCCCCCACCUUCGACGGUGUCCGUUUUUCACCUCUCGGCAAUUCUGGACACUUUGUUCCUGGCACUUGGACGACCUUGAUUGGACUGUGA